UAUAUAAGAAGUCGAGUGGCGGGUACUGAAGAACGAUGAGAGCGUGUUAUCUUUAGAACUGCAACAGAGAGACCGAGAAGAAAAUGGGGGAUCUCUACGCCUUGGACUUCGACGGAGUUCUGUGUGACAGCUGCGGCGAAAGCUCUCUCUCUGCAGUCAAGGCUGCCAAAGUGAGAUGGCCGAGUUUGUUUGACGGUGUGGAUUCGACCACGGAAGAGUGGAUUGUUGAUCAGAUGUAUAUUGUGCGACCUGUGGUGGAAACUGGAUAUGAAAAUCUGUUACUUGUGAGGUUGCUCCUUGAGAUGAGAAUACCAUUGAUUCGGAAGUCCUCGGUAGCAGAGGGACUAACAGUAGAGCGGAUAUUGGAAAACUGGUUGAAGCUAAAACCUGUCAUUAUGGAAGAAUGGGGUGAGAAUCAUAGAGAUGAUUUAAUAAAUCUCUUCGGAAAGGUCAGGGAUGAAUGGAUGUAUAAGGACUUACCAGCAUGGAUUGGAGCAAACAGAUUCUACCCAGGCGUUGCUGAUGCUCUAAAAUUUGCAAGCUCUAAGGUUUAUAUUGUCACCACGAAACAGAGCCGGUUUGCAGAUGCUUUAUUGCGCGAGCUUGCUGGUGUAACAAUUCCAUCGGAAAGAAUAUAUGGUUUGGGAACUGGUCCCAAGGUGAAAGUGCUGAAGCAACUUCAACAGAAACCAGAACACCGGGGGCUGACACUGCAUUUUGUGGAAGAUCGACUUGCAACCCUAAAGAAUGUCAUAAAAGAACCAGAAUUGGAUGGAUGGAACUUGUACUUGGUUUGAACAGGGGAUUGGGGUUACAACACUCAGAAAGAGAGAGAAGAAGCAGCCAGCAUUCCCAGGAUUCACCUUCUCCAGCUCGCUGACUUCAGUAAGAAGCUGAAAUAGAUAUAGGAUCACCAUGUGUCAGAUUACCCUAUUCAAAGGCGAAAAAUGGUAUUGUUUUAUAUUUACAUAUACUGGAGUUUGCGUAAACAGCGAUUAAAUCCAGGAAUUUCUCCUCAAACAUCUCAUUUAUAUUGUAAGUGAAAACGCAUAACCAAGAGCUAGCAUUUUAAAUUUAUGGGCAGCAGUUCAAUUGAAUUAGUGGUAAAGCUGAUCGGCUUGUGUUA